AUGAACUCCCGCAUGGAGUUUACCGACCGGGGCAAGAAGGCCCUGGAGGAUGCCAUGUCACUGGCGGAGCAGUACGCUCACUCCCAGCUUCUCCCCGUCCAUCUGGCCGUCUCUCUUCUGGAUCCUCCGCCGGACCAGUCCAAGGAUCAGCAGAACAACCCACCCCCCAACCACAGCCUGUUCCGACAGGUAGUUGAGAGAGCCCACGGCGACCCUCAGCUAUUUGACCGAGCUCUCAAGAAGCUUAUGGUCCGUCUGCCGAGCCAAGACCCGCCCCCGGAGAAUGUGUCUAUGGCACCAUCCUUCAGCACCGUCUUGAGGAAGGCUCAGGAACUCCAGAAGACACAGAAGGACUCCUACGUGGCUGUGGACCAUCUGAUCAGUGCGCUCUCUGAAGAUAGUUCCAUCGCUCAGGCCCUGAAGGACUCCAACGUCCCCAAGCCCAAGCUCGUCCAGGAAGCUGUCCAAGCCAUUCGCGGCACCAAGAGAGUCGACUCCAAAACCGCCGACACGGAGGAGGAGCACGAGAACCUUUCCAAAUUCACCAUCGACAUGACCGCCUUGGCAAGAGAAGGCAAAAUCGACCCCGUCAUAGGCAGAGAAGAGGAAAUCAGACGAGUCAUCCGAAUCCUGUCAAGACGAACCAAGAACAAUCCCGUGCUGAUCGGUGAGCCUGGUGUCGGUAAGACUACCGUCGUCGAAGGCCUGGCUCAGCGAAUUGUCAACGCCGAUAUUCCCGACAACCUUGCCGCCUGCAAGCUGCUCUCACUCGAUGUCGGUUCCUUAGUAGCCGGAAGCAAGUACCGCGGUGAAUUUGAGGAGCGUAUGAAGGGAGUACUCAAGGAGAUCACGGAUUCGAAGGAGAUGAUCGUUCUGUUUGUCGAUGAGAUUCACUUGCUGAUGGGUGCUGGAGCUUCCGGAGAGGGUGGCAUGGAUGCUGCCAACUUGCUCAAGCCCAUGCUGGCCCGAGGUCAGUUACAUUGCAUUGGUGCCACCACCCUUGCCGAAUACCGAAAGUACAUCGAGAAGGAUGCUGCUUUUGAGCGACGAUUUCAGCAAGUCCUCGUCAAGGAGCCUAGCAUUCCCGAGACCGUCUCCAUCCUGCGAGGUCUGAAGGAGAAAUACGAAGUACACCACGGUGUCACUAUUGCCGACAGUGCCAUAGUGGCCUCUGCGACCCUCGCAGGACGCUACCUCACCACUCGACGGCUUCCUGACUCUGCAGUCGACUUGAUCGAUGAGGCGGCGGCAGCCGUCAGAGUCGCUAGGGAAUCUCAGCCCGAGGUUAUCGACUCCCUGGAGCGCAAGUUGCGCCAACUUCGAAUCGAAAUCCAUGCCCUGUCUCGCGAGAAGGAUGAUGCAUCCAAGGCCAGACUCCAGAUCGCCAAGCAAGACGCCGAGAACGUCGAAGAGGAGUUGAGGCCACUCCGGGAAAAGUACGAAAGCGAACGAAAGCGGGGCAAGGACAUUCAGGAGGCCAAAGUGAAGCUCGAACAACUCAAGGUCAAGAUGGAGGAUGCCGCCAGAGUGGGCGACCACGCUCGAGCUGCCGAUCUCCAAUACUACGCUAUUCCCGAGCAGGAGGCCGUCAUCAAGCAGCUCGAGAAGCAGAAGGCCGCUGCUGAUGCUGCCCUCAGCCAAAAUCAGGACCACGUCGGCGAUUCGAUGGUCACUGAUGUGGUCGGUCCUGACCAGAUCAACGAGAUCGUCUCCCGCUGGACAGGCAUUCCAGUCACACGCCUCAGGACUUCCGAAAAGGAGAAGCUGAUAAACAUGGAGCGAGCUCUCGGAAAGGCCGUGGUCGGACAGAAGGAAGCAGUUCAGGCAGUGUCCAACGCUAUCCGACUGCAGCGAUCUGGGCUCAGCAACCCGAACCAGCCACCUAGUUUCCUCUUCUGUGGUCCUUCGGGAACUGGAAAGACGCUGCUGACGAAGGCGCUGGCCGAGUUCCUCUUCGACGACCCGAAGGCCAUGAUCCGAUUUGACAUGUCCGAGUACCAAGAGCGCCACUCUCUCAGCCGGAUGAUUGGUGCGCCGCCCGGAUACGUUGGACACGACGCUGGUGGCCAGCUUACCGAGAAUCUCCGCAGAAAGCCAUUCUCAAUCCUUCUGUUCGAUGAGGUGGAGAAGGCUGCCAAGGAAAUCCUGACGGUUCUUCUGCAACUCAUGGACGACGGCCGAAUCACUGACGGCCAAGGUCGCGUCGUCGAUGCCAGAAACUGCAUUGUCGUCAUGACGUCCAACUUGGGUGCCGAAUACCUCGCACGUCCAUCUGGCAAAGACGGCAAGAUCGAUGGCACCACUCGAGAUCUUGUCAUGAACGCACUGCGCAACUACUUCCUCCCCGAGUUCCUCAACCGUAUCAACUCGAUCGUCAUCUUCAAUAGACUUGCGAGACGCGAAAUCAGGAAGAUCGUUGACCUUCGCCUGCACGAGAUUCAGAAACGUCUUUCGGACAACGAUCGCAAUGUUUUCAUACAAGUCUCGAACGAUGCCAAGGAUUAUCUGGGUAACGCAGGAUACUCACCUGCCUAUGGUGCCCGGCCACUUCAGAGACUCAUCGAGAAGGAGGUUCUCAACCGCCUGGCCGUCCUGAUCCUCCGUGGCGCCAUUAAAGACGGCGAGACUGCCAGGGUCGAACUUGUUGGCAACAAGAUCCAAGUCCUCUCCAACCAUCCCGAGGGCGAUAUUGGCGAAGACGACGAAGACAUGCUCAUUGACGAGGAAGACGCCGUCGAAGACAUUGUUCCUGAUGGCAUGGAUGAGGACAUCUAUGACUAA